GAGAAGUUUACCUAUGCGCACUGGCCUGACUGCUGCUACCUACUCACCGCGGACGGCGACGCCGCGGCGGAUCGGAAGCUCAAAGCCUUUGGUCCGCUGACGUCAGAGGAGGGAUUCCUCCAGCAUGCGGAGUCCACAAGGGUCCUCGUUCACGCAUCCACACAGCGAGUGGUGGGUGUGAGGGUUGGAAACGGGGAUGACUGCUAUUUGUUGCAGUCCGUCAUUGGAAGCGCAGAGCUUUGCGAGCAGCUGCGAGGUCAAGAAGCUUCAGCAAGCUGCUCAUUACUGUAG